AUGGAAGAAGUGAAGGUGAUGAUGAUGAGCAGCAGCCUAGACGAUUCCGUGAAUGAAUCCAAUCCUCAAGACCCCAUCACCAACACCACUUGCACAAGCUGGAAAUUGUACGAGAAUCCAUUUUAUAAUUCACAACAUACUAUCCAACAUCAACACCAACAACAUUGUCAAAGUAACAAACAUCUUCAUCACCUACACCUACCUCAUUCAGCUCGUAAGAUCGCAGCUUCUUUCUGGGAUCUCACUUUCUUUAGACCUAUCAUGGAUACUGAGCUAGAUUUCGCUCGAGCCCAGAUCCUGGAAUUGAAAGCUGAGCUUGAGUAUGAACGUAAGGCACGUAAGAAGUUGGAGACUAUGAGUAAAAGAUUGGCUAAGGAAUUGGCUGAAGAGAGAGGAGGAAGAGAAGCACUCGAGAGAGUCUGUGAAGAGCUUGCUAGAGAAAUUUCUUCUGAUAAAGAGGAGAUUGAUCACAUGAGGAGAGAAAUGGAAGAGGAAAGAAAGAUGCUAAGAAUGGCUGAGGUUUUAAGAGAAGAAAGAGUUCAAAUGAAGCUCGCCGAGGCGAAAAUGCUCUUUGAAGAGAAGCUGUUAGAAUUUGUAGGAACAACUGCACGGACUACAGAACUUCAUCAGAAUUCAACUUCCAGGAUGGAACGGAAGAAUCAAGAAGAUAAAGAACCUGAAAUUGCAACUCCUUUCAAGGCUAUAUCUAUUUUGUCAGGCAAGUUAAACAGGUUAGUUUUGAGUGAAAAAUCCUGUCAUGACAACAGUGGUGCUGAUUCAAAAGAAUCAACAAGGGUGAUCCUGAGUGAAAAGUCAUCAUUUAAUGACAACAAAUGUAGCAUUUCAUCAAUGGUAAUUCAGAGAAGUAGAGCAUCGCCAGAGCCUGAGAAUCCUCACAUAAAGAGAGGGAUCAAAGGGUUUGUUGAAUUCCCAAGAGUGAUUCGAGCAAUAGGGUCCAAAAACAGGCAUUGGGGUACAAAGCUGGAGUGUCAGAAGGCACAGCUAAGGAUUCUAUUGAAACAAAAAUGCCCCAUCAGAUCCAACAAUCUUAUUAUGUCAUGA